CCAUCCCGCCCCCGGAGCCCCGAGUAAAAAUGCGGGUGGGAAAUUCAGAAAUAGACUUUUUAGUAGACUCUGGAGCAGCACGAAUUGCUGUAAACCAACCCCUCCAGCUACCGGUGGCAGAUUCCCUUACUGUGGUGGGUGCCACAGGCAAAGGAACCAAGUGUUCAUUAUAUGCCCCAGUGGAAUGUGCUUUGGGAAACAGAACUAUAUCCCACAAGCUGGUUUACCUUCCAAAUUGCCCAACGCCUUUGUUAGGGCGAGACCUACUUUGCCGUUUAGGUGCCACUCUGCAUUUUACUCAAGAUGAAAUAACCCUUACCUUACCACCUGAGAAUGCAUGGAUAAUGACCCUUGCAGCUGAACCCUCAGCCAUGCAAGCCCCAGAGUGGAGCCAGUGGGAAGAUCAAAUAUACCCCCUGGUAUGGGCAUCAGGGAUCCCAGGAAAAGCCACACACCAAACCCCUGUUAAAAUUCAGCUUUUGCCAGGAAGAGGCCCGGUGCAAAUUAAACAGUAUCCAAUCAAGAGGGAAGCCAGAGAAGGGUUACAGGGAACUAUAGACCGAUUCCUACAAUACGGUGUACUUCGAGAAUGCCAGUCAGCUUGGAACACCCCUAUUUUGCCAGUGCAAAAGCCUAAUGGCACGUACCGGCUGGUGCAGGACCUAAGGGCGGUUAAUGAACGGGUUAAAACUUUGCACCCCCUCGUUCCAAACCCAUAUACCUUGUUGGCCUCAGUGGGGGGGCAGUACACUCAUUUUUCAGUUUUGGAUUUAAAGGAUGCUUUCUUUACAAUUCCGGUUGAUACACCAUCUCAAGAGAUUUUCUCCUUUGAGUGGGAGGACCAAAGGAGGGUUAAAAGGCAGCUUUGCUGGACUGUGUUGGCCCAGGGAUUUAAAAACUCUCCCACCCUUUUUGGCCAGGCCCUGGCCAGGGACUUGGAGGAAUGGGAUAAUGAGGACAAGGUCCUCCUUCUGCAAUAUGUUGAUGACUUGCUAAUUGCAGCUGUGGGUCUGACCCCUUGCCUUAAAGCCACCGCAAGCCUCCUAAGCUUUAUUGGACUACGAGGAUACAGAGUAGCACGAAAUAAAGCUCAGAUUGCUCUCCCAGAAGUACGGUACCUGGGGUUCCACAUCAGGCAGGGGGAGCGCCAGCUUUCUAAUGAAAGAAAAGAAGCUAUAUGCUAAGUUCCUAUCCCAAGCAAUCAUAAACGGCUCAGGGCAUUUCUGGGAAUGGUGGGCUUUUGCAGAAUAUGGAUCCCAGAAUUUGGAUUGUGGGCUAUACCAUUGUAUGAAUGUGUCAAGGGAACAGAUCACGACCCUUUUCACUGGACACCAGAAGCUGACAGGGCAUUUAAGAUCUUAAAAAGAAAAUUGAUGGAAGCCCCAGCCCUGGGUUUACCCAACCUUUCAAAGCCAUUUCAAUUGUAUGUACAUGAACGAAAAGGAGUGGCUCUGGGCAUGCUUACCCAGCUAUUAGGCACCUGGAAAUGUCCCGUAGCCUAUUUUUCUAAACAACUAGAUCAAGUUGCAAAGGGAUGGCCAGCAUGUUUAAGGGCAGUUGCAGCUGCUGCUCUGGUGUUAGAUGAAGCUGACGCUGGGGGGGAGUUGUACAAGUUUAUACACCCCAUCUGUCGUCCAGACUUAAAAGAUCAGCCACUUCCAAAUGCAGAUUAUGAAUGGUAUACUGAUGGCAGCAGUGCUGUUAUUAACGGACAAAGGAGGGCGGGUUAUGCUGUUGUAACUCUCCACGAGACAGUGGAAGCAGAAAGUCUGCCUGCCGGGACAUCAGCCCAGCUGGCUGAAUUAAUAGCUUUAACUCGUGCACUUGAACUUUCAAAAGGGAAAAGAGUUAACAUUUUCACUGAUUCCAGAUAUGCCUUUGGAGUGUUACACGCUCAUGCAAGUCUGUGGAAGCAGAGGGGGAUGCUGACAGCUCAAGGCUCUCCGGUCAAGCAUGGACCCCAGAUUCUCCGGCUCCUGGAAGCAGUACAGCUCCCAGCAGAGAUAGCUGUGAUACACUGCAAGGCACACCAAAAGGAAGACCGAGACGUAACCAGGGGCAACGCUCGAGCAGACAGGGAAGCCAAGCAUGCUGCCACCUUAAAUUUACCGACAACUGAAAACACCCACAUGCAUGCCCUCAUUCCUUCAGUGGGGGAGCUUGCAACUCCUCAGUAUUCCUGUGAGGAAAAGCAGCUGGCUGACAAGCUCCGUCUCCAGGAAAAGGAGAGGUAUACCAAAGAUCUACAACCGUCUCCAUUGGAUGCUCCUGUCCACUCCUUGCAGCCAGGCGACUCCGUGCUCGUGCGUACCUGGAAGGACGAACCCCUGCAGGAACGGUGGAAGGGACCAUACACAGUCUUGCUGGUUUCCCACACAGCAGCCAAGGUUGAGGGACACAAGACCUGGAUUCAUCACUCCCGUCUGAAGAAAGUACCAGCUCCAGCAUCAACGGACAAGUGGACUGUGCAGCCUGUCAGUGAUCCUAGUGAUACUGAUCUUGGACUAAAACUGCUGCUUAAAUGA